AUUGUUCCGUAUGCAAUGCUGAUGGCGCGUCAGAUGGAUUGAAACUGCACAUGCGCAAUGACACUUGAUGGUUGUGCCGCCUUACACAUGGACUUUCGAAACGUAGGGAUUGAAGUUUUGACAGCGAAUUUUACUCUCUGCUUAUUAGAUAGCGAGUUUGAACUCUUUAUCAUUUUUAUGUGAACAAAAUAAAAUGUAAGCAGCUUUGGAGAUCAAGUUUUCUUAUAUAUUAACUGGAAUCGUUCAUGGGAUGUCAAUAUGAAUAAGACUCCAGUAUCAAUUCUGCAAGAAAUGAUGGUUCGCAAGGGUACUGCCCCUAAUUACGAACUGAUAUAUGAUGGUGGCGGGUCGCACAAUAAUAAGUUCAUCUUCCAAGUCAGUUGCGAUGGUCUAACUGCUACUGGAGGAGGUCGGUGUAAGAAAGAUGCCAAACACGAGGCAGCGAAAGCUAUGUUGGAGUUAAUCGUGAAGCAGACGGGUAUUGAAGUGCAGGAUUCUCCUAUGCCGUCUCCUGUACAUAAUAGUACGCCUGCAGUACUGCCUGUUUCUCCAAAGACUAAUGUACCAUUUGUGAAUGCCAUAGGUGCAUUACAGGACCUUUGUGCAGAAAACAAUCUACAAGAACCAUUGUACAAUGCCAUAAAUGAAGUUGGCCCUCCACAUGCCAAAGUGUUUACGGUUCAGUGCGUGGUAUCGACAUUUAAAGAAGAGGGAACUGCGACUACUAAGAAGCAAGCAAAACAUGAAGCUGCUAGGAAAAUGUUACAUAGGCUACACGACGUUGUAUCGGACUUGAAAGACAUCUCGCACUCUGAAAAUCAAAAUAAGUUAAAACAACAAGACAUUCUUUCCAGUGAAUUGGCAAAGGCACGUUACCCAGAACUAAGUAAACAACACAUUCAGAAGAAAUCAAGUUUAGGAGCUAAGCUAUCCGAGUAUCACCUCAGAUUAAUGAAGAACUUUCAAGAAAGUGCACCUAAAUUCCUUGAAAAAAUAACCUCCUUGAUAGAAAUGAUUUCAAAAGGUAACACAAACAUGGAUGUAGUAAAGACAGAAUUUCAGAAUUUACUGACAAUGAUCGAAGCAGACAUGGAAUCCAUACCGAUGGAGUCAGAUACUGAAAAAAUGCUAAUGGCUGUGCAAUUAAACACAUGUCCCAUAAUCACCGAAGUAGGUUCUGGUGCAACAGAAUCUCUUGCAGAACUAAAUGCGAUAGUACAAGUCAUGAAAACUUUAAAAUUGUUGUUCACGUAAUACUAAGAACGCGCUUACCUAGUGAUCGAGCUAAAACUGCCUUCCUUUAUUUUAUUUUAUAAAUUAUACAUUCUUUUGAUGAAACGAAACCGUACUAACGGAUUGAAAAAAAAAACCUUAGAAUUAUAUUUGACAUUACAUGAACGUUUUGUGAUAUCCCCACUUAAGAACUUAAAGCAAAUGCUCUUUUAAGUGGUGAAAAAUUGAUAAUUUUUAUUUUUUAUGGUAUAUCUGAUCUCCAAAAACUAAGGAACAUCAGAUUAGACGGUGACGAAACUUUUCAUCUCGUGUUCCAUCCUCAUAAUAUACAUAUGUACAAGGUGUAUGGCAUCAGGCAAUAAUCUUUUAUUUUUUAAGAAAACACGUUUGUGAGGGUCACUUCCCCUGCCUUAGCCCUGUUACACCAAACUUUUCUAUGACUUAAUUUUAUACAUCAGAACGAAAGCAAAGACUUUAGUUAUAACGCGACUCCGUUCGGCAUGGCACCAUGCAACCGUACCAUUUCAUUUAUAAGAAGCGUUAUGAUUGAUACGUACUGUUAUUAUAUGAUAAAUAAACAUG